AUGGAGCCCAUUCAGAUUGAGGACGAGACAGGGGGUAGUCUGACGGUCCUGGAGGAUGCUGGGUAUUACUUCAGCCCUAAUGUGGCCCCAGAGACCAUCUUGAACCUGCAGAACUUUCAAGCCAGACCCAGCGAUGUUCUUGUAGUCACAUACCCAAAAUCAGGCACUCACUGGGUCUAUGAAAUCGUCUCAAUGCUCGUCAACAGAUCCAAGACCUUGACGAAAGAACCAUUGAAGAAUAUCGAGUUUCUACCGUCCAGUGUCUUCGAUUCCAUGCCAUCUCCUAGAGUCAUCUCCACACAUCUUCCGUACCCAAGGAUUCCCCUGGACUUCCUCAGAAAACGGUCAAAGAUCGUCCUGUGUGUACGUAACCCCAGAGACGUGGCUGUGUCCUACUACAAGUUCAUAUCCAACCUCAACGUCUGGGACUACGAUGGGUCUUGGGAGAGCUUUUUCCCGCUCUUUCUCAACGGACACUUACCCUACAACUCGUGGUUCGAACACACAGACACAUGGCUGAAGGUGGCUCGGCACGGCAAGCAUCAGGUUCAUCUGGUUUUCUAUGAAGAUUUCCACGAGGAUUUUGAGAGGACAACUUUCGAACUGGCCAAAUUCCUGGAAGUGGAGGCAACUCAAGAGCUUCUUGAAGAUAUUCACAGAGAGACCACGUUUGCUAACAUGAAGUCUCGAAAAGUGGACAUCACAAUGGACCUCAGUCGGAAUGGGUCAUCACCGAUAUACAGAAAUGGGCGUGUUGGUGACUGGGUGUCCUGGUUUACGACGGAGCAGCUAGAGCAGAUGGACCAGGAAAUGGAAGACUGGGGUUUGCAUCUGAAUAACAGAAUUAAGUACACGGUCCACGCCGAUUAG